UUCCUCAAACACAUCAGCGUCAUUUCCGGGGCGUGGUCUCUCGUGGACGGGGCGGAGAGGAGCCCUGUCGGGGAAAACGCGGCCUACUUUUAAAAGAUGGCGAAUCCUGAACAGAAUGCAGUGGAAGUUGGAGCUGAUUGUGAAGGAACAGGCGAGCCGGUCUCCAAGAAACCUCGGAGCAGUGUUCCUUACAAUAGCGGCUCUGAACAUGUUGUUCACAGAGAGCAUAGAGAAAGUAGAGAUGAGGCCGACGGGAGCCGUGCGGUGGAGAGUUCGGCACGUUCCCGAGAUACAGAGCCAGAGACGGAGACGGAGGACGCUCAGGCCACGGAGGGGAACAACAACAACAACAACAACAACAAUGAAGCCGUGAUCUCGGAGCUCAGCGAAAACUCCUGUAACGCAGAAAAGACUCUGAUACCCGGAGAUAAGAGCGAGGCAGCAGAGCUAAUGGAUGAUGUUCACCCCAAUGGAUUUUAUUCGCCUGAGUUAGGUGAUGACGAGGACUGCUCUUCUCAUGCCAGUUCUAGUGACUGGACUCCUCAGCCACGUAUUGGUUCGUACCAUUUUAUUCAGCAACAAAUAAUGCGAGAAACUGAUCCACGAACUAUUCUGAACGACCUGCUUCCAGAAACUGUCAUUCCACCGGAUCUUGACGACAUGACACUAUGGCAGAUUGUCAUCAACAUCUCUGAGCCUCCAAAGAGAAAGAAACGCAAAGAUGUUAACACGAUAGAUGAUGUCAUCAGACUGCUAAAUGAUUGCAAAAAGAUUCUUGUCCUGACUGGUGCUGGGGUUUCUGUUUCCUGUGGAAUACCUGAUUUUAGGUCAAGAGAUGGAAUUUAUGCUCGACUUGCUGUCGAUUUUCCAGAUCUUCCAGAUCCCCAGGCGAUGUUUGAUAUUGAGUAUUUCCAAAGGGAUCCAAGGCCAUUUUUUAAAUUUGCAAAGGAAAUCUACCCUGGACAGUUUGCACCAUCACUUUGCCACAGAUUUAUUGCUAUGCUGGACAAGAAAGAGAAAAUUCUCAGGAACUACACGCAGAACAUUGACACUCUUGAGCAGGUUGCAGGAAUCCAAAGGGUCAUACAGUGUCAUGGUUCCUUUGCGACUGCAUCCUGCCUUGUGUGUAAACACAAAGUUGAUUGUGAUGCUGUAAGGGAGGAUAUAUUCAGACAGGUUGUUCCCCAUUGUCCAAAGUGCCCGGAUAUCCCAUUCGCUAUUAUGAAACCAGACAUUGUCUUCUUUGGCGAGAACCUCCCUGAAGCUUUUCACAGGGCCAUGAAGCAGGACAAGGACGAGGUGGAUCUCCUCAUUGUUAUUGGAUCCUCUUUGAAAGUACGACCAGUGGCUCUUAUCCCAAGCUCUGUUCCUCAUGAAGUCCCUCAAAUUUUGAUCAACCGAGAGCCCCUGCUUCAUAUGAACUUUGACGUAGAGUUGCUAGGAGACUGUGAUGUCAUUGUCAACGAGUUGUGUCGUCGACUGGGUGGUGACUUUGAGGAGCUUUGCUACAAUUCUUCUCGACUAAGUGAGAUCACAGACAUACCUCCUCCUCUGCCGACUACUGAACCCGAACAGGCAUGUGCUAAAGUCCAAACAUCUGACGUUCAAAAUACUAGGCACUUUUUAACAGAACAAGACGAGUCAGUUGGAGAAACAUCGGAGACAAUAACAGUUCUAGACUCUUGUGCAAAUGCACAGUUCCCUGAUGAUGGGGGUUUGAACACAUCUUGCACAGACAAAGAAGCAAUAUUCUCUUUAGGGUCACAAGACGGACCAAGCUCACCAAAACCUUCAACAGAAGAAAAUGAUGGCUGUCCUUGCUGUGAGAGCUCAGAGGUCCAUCAGGACUGCCAGUUGAUGGUUGUUGGACAACAAAAAAGAACAGGGAUUAGAGAGCUGCUGGAUAAGCAAACUGAAGAGAAGCACACAAAUCAAAGAAAUUAUCUUGGCAAACAAUGCUGGUUGAAACUUUGUCGAAAUCCAAUUAGUAGUCGCCUUGGAACUUCCCAAUACUUAUUUCAGGUUCCAAAUCGUUACAUUUUCCAUGGGGCUGAAGUUUACUCCUGCUCAGAAGAUGAGACAUCAAGUUCUUCUGACUCUGAGGACUCUUGCUGCAGUGGUUUAGAUGAACAAGAAAGCGAUGCAGAGGAGGUAUGCACACCUGGAGCCUCUUUGAGACCUGGUGAAGGCGGUGUUGCAAAGACAGCGGAUGAAAAUAAAAGCAUUUCCAGCAUUCAUACAAACAAUAUAAUGGAAAAUCUUGACACAACGACAGACCUUUAAAAUAAGGACCUUCUGUUUUUCUUUAAGUUUUGUGUACAUGUAUUGUGUUACUUCAGUUUGAGACUGUAUAUUUUUGUACUCCUCUCCUCAGUCCCACCCUUUUUAUGGUUGCAGCGUGCACCAAAUCUAUUUGGACAUGGACGUCACAGUAGUGUUUUUUUUUUUUUAUUGUUUGUUUUGUUUCGAAUAUAAGGUUGUUUGUAACUAAUUGUGACUUUUAUAUUUAGGCAUUUCAGUAUUUUAUAUGUGCUUUAUUGUUUUGGUUGUAUAACUUUUGUGUCCAGUUCAGCCUUUGAUAAGUAUAUGUUUUGGAUAAAUUAACUUAAUCUCUGUUUA